UUUUUAUUUCCCAAAUUUUGUAAUUAAUGCUCAAUUUGAGAUUUGUUUUUUUUUGGAAAUUUCAUACCCUUUUAAUUAUUAUGUCCUAGCCGUUUGGAGAGGUUUAGGUCUAUAAAAGGAAACUCUGGUUUUCCCAUUAUCUUUAAGCCCACUUCUUCUUCUCAGAACGAACUCAGAAUCGAAUCAGAAAGAUAAUUGGGUUUCGUCUUAGCUACCUUAGAAUCCUGAAUUUAAAGUAAAUCCCUACUGGUAAAAGGGUGCUAUGGCCUAAGGUAUAGGAAUAUCUAUAUUCAACUAUUUGAGGUUCAAAAAGGCUCUUUUUCCUCCCUCCUCAUCUUCCUUCCUUCGUCUUCUCUGUCAUUACUCAAGUCUUUCGGCAACCGUCCUUCAAGGCGCCCUGAUUUUCCGAUUCUGAUAGCUCGCCGUCUUUGUUUUGCCACUGCCGUUUUCGCAGAGAGGGAGAGAGAGGAGCAUUUAAGUGGGCGUCUGAGGCUGAGUUGUAGUCAUUUGAGGACUUUGACAGAUUAGGACGAUUCGUCUUGUCGGUCCCUCCCUUACAAUAAUAGCAGUGCAUUAAAAUCGCUGUGCGACUCUUUGAGCCAGAUUCUUAACCUUCCUCUCCAGAUUCCAACGCGCGUCUACCAUUCUAUUACUACCAGCGCACUCUAACAUCUCUUCCAGUUCCAUCUUCAGAAAAAAAAAAGUAACUGGGAAAGAGAUUAGAGUCUUCUAUAUAUCUCUACAUUUUGUCCGGAGUGGGCUUUGUUCACCACCUCUCACUCCGUCGAUACUCACAGGAAAGGGACAUCUCGAAGAAGAUCUAGGCAGACUUGAAGGUUUCCGUUGGAUAAAAUAACGGAAUAAUGUUGCCUCUGAAGCAAGCCGAAGAAGCCAUCGUCACAAACUACAGCGAAACAACGGAGCCUGAUGGGAAGGAUGAAGAGGUAGAAGUUCAGUCCAAGUUCAACCUGAAAGGCUUUCUCUGGCACGGUGGCUCCGUUUACGAUGCCUGGUUCAGCUGCGCUUCCAAUCAAGUAGCCCAGGUUCUGCUAACGCUACCCUACUCUUUCUCUCAGCUGGGUUUCCUCUCGGGUAUCAUAUUUCAACUGUUCUACGGCAUCAUGGGUAGCUGGACAGCUUAUCUUAUAAGCGUUCUAUACAUCGAGUACCGGAGCCGGAAGGAGAAGGAAAACGUGAGCUUUAAGAACCAUGUCAUUCAGUGGUUCGAAGUACUGGAUGGACUGUUGGGUCCAUACUGGAAGGCUGUUGGACUCGCAUUCAACUGUACCUUUCUUCUCUUCGGGUCUGUUAUACAGCUUAUAGCUUGCGCAAGUAAUAUAUAUUACAUAAACGACCAUUUGGACAAGAGGACAUGGACGUACAUCUUCGGGGCUUGCUGUGCAACGACGGUGUUCAUACCCUCUUUUCACAACUACAGGAUUUGGUCUUUUCUUGGGCUCGGGAUGACCACCUACACUGCCUGGUACCUUACCAUCGCUGCUCUCGUCCACGGCCAGGUUCAGGGAGUACAACACAGUGCUCCGACGAAGCUGGUUCUGUACUUCACCGGCGCUACCAAUAUCCUCUACACUUUCGGCGGACACGCUGUCACUGUGGAAAUAAUGCACGCGAUGUGGAAGCCGCAGAAGUUCAAGUACAUAUACCUGCUAGCAACUCUGUACGUAUUCACACUAACGAUUCCGUCGGCAAGCUCCGUAUACUGGGCUUUCGGCGACCAACUCCUUGACCACUCAAACGCCUUCUCUCUCCUUCCUAAGAACGGCUUCCGUGAUGCCGCCGUUAUCUUGAUGCUGAUUCACCAGUUCAUAACCUUUGGGUUCGCUUGUACGCCGUUGUAUUUCGUGUGGGAGAAGGUGAUAGGAAUGCACGACACCAAGAGCAUAUGCUUGAGAGCUCUGGCGAGGCUGCCUAUCGUGAUCCCUAUUUGGUUUCUGGCCAUCAUCUUUCCCUUCUUUGGACCCAUCAACUCCGCCGUCGGUGCUCUUUUGGUUAGCUUCACUGUCUACAUUAUCCCUUCCCUCGCUCACAUGCUCACUUACAGGAAGGCCUCUGCUCGACAGAAUGCGGCGGAGAAGCCUCCUUUCUUCCUCCCAAGUUGGACGGCCAUGUAUGUGGUUAAUGCCUUUGUUGUUGGGUGGGUCUUUGUGGUUGGAUUCGGGUUCGGUGGUUGGGCCAGCGUGACCAAUUUCGUCAGGCAAGUCAACACAUUCGGCCUCUUUGCUAAGUGCUAUCAGUGCAAGCCACCUGCUGCCAAACAUCACUAAUAUACCAAGUCUUGGCCCGGUGGAGAACUGGGUUGGGCCAAUUCAUGGUGGAGCCGAAAAUGCCAAAGAUCAGAAUCUUUCUCUUGUAUUAUACACUUUAGAGGUGGUGGCGUUGGUGGUGGUAGUGGUUGGGAAGGGGGAGAGGCAAUGUUACCCCAGUUGGUUGUGGUGUGCCCGUUCUAUUUUUGCUUUUUCCAUUUUCCUUUUCUAUUUUGUUUUGUUCUAUUUUUAUUGAAUUUCUAGUGGUAUACAAAGGAUAUAUAGACAGAUUGAUAGUAUAAAAAGUGUGAAAAUGUUGAUUCUUAUGUUGUCAAAAGAUAGUAUAUCCAAAAAUCCAUCUUCUCUCU